CUCAGCCCACAUUCAAACAGAGCACAAGACAUGUUUGCCGUCAGGGGCUGAACGGUUCUUCCUCCUCUUAAAGUAAUUUGUUUUUUUAAAAAUCCUUUUUUACCAUUAGACAUUCAGGGCAGUCGGUCUUUCGGGGAGUUUCGUUUAUUGCAAGUUUGAUUUUAAGACUAGUUAACCUGUUGUUCCUCCAUUAGGUUUGAAGAAACCGCGUAAAACCGAUACAUCAUGACUAUAGGCAAGAGCUCGAAGAAGAUCAAAGCUGCCAGAGCCCCCUCGUUCCUGGACCGGGCCGGCGGCUUCUACGGGCGUCUGGAUGAACCAGAACCAGAGGCAGAGAUGGGAAGAGAGGGUGAGAUGACAGGACACGGGUCAGAAACGCUGAGGGUGAACAGCGUAGAGCAAGCGGUUUCAAACUGGCAAGAGAUAGAGGAACACGGAGCUUUGGACUUCGGUGAGAACGUGAUGGACGACGACGGGACCACCACCCUGCUGAAGCGGAAACCCAGUCGCCUGAGCCGGCGCUGGAGCAGGAGAAGCACCAGGAAGGCUAAAACGGACAAACUUUCCCCCGAGAGGGAGCUCCAAAGUCCGGCAACCGAGACGCCUGCAGAGGUGGUCGUGGAGGUAUUACCAGACCCCCACAGUGAACUGGAACCAAAGAGCCAACUGCCAGAGCCGAUGGUGGUCCAUUUUGCCGUGAUGGAGGAAGCAGACGACCGGGUGUUAAUUUCAAAGAGGAGAGAGCGAGAAAAAGAGCUGGAGGAGAAGAAAACCGAAAAGACGGCGGACGGCAAAACCGACACGGAGACCAUGAAGGUUGCAAAGAGAAGCACGUUGAAGACCUACCGUAAGGCGCUGGACAGAGCGUUGCGUAGAGGAUGGGAGACCUUCGUCGCAAACCUGCAUAGCGUGACCCUCACACCUGUCACAUCCUCAUCAUCAUCAUCAUCAUCAUCAUCAUCAUCAUCACCAAGCAAGUCUGGGGUGAAUAGGAAUGCAGUGUUGGCUGAAUUCCAAUAGAUCAAUACAGCAGACUGUACAGUUCCUGUUCAACAAGGGGCCAUAGUUUUGAUUUUUAUAUUUAAAGGAAAGAUUCAAAAUGAAUGACUCAUAUUUACCCUUGAAGUAAAUCUUUGUUGUUGACCAAUCACAGAAGGUCAGUCUAAUCUGUGAAACUCAGGGUGAAUGAUUGCACCUUCAGAUAUACACGGGUUAUCUACAAGUAAGGGAAAAUACCAGUGCUUACCAUUUUUUUUAAAAUUUCCUAUGUACUGUGAAGUUCAACAUUGACUUUCGUUGUAGGACGGUUUACAUUAUGUAACCUGAAAGAAAGUUUGAUAUGUUAACUUUUGACUGAGAUGUGUUUGUAAGUUGUGGUUAUUACAGCAUUGUGCUGAGUUUGACAGGGCAAAGGUUUUUUUUUUAUUACCUUUUGGGUAAAGCGUACAGCCUAUGCCCUAAAAAAAAAAAAGAAAAAGCUGACUGAAUCACUAUGUGUGGAGGGUUUUUGGGAUGUUUUCCAAAUCUUAUGAAAUGUGAGCUGGGAACAGUUUUGUGUAGACUAGAGGUCUUAGACCUUGGACAGUAUUUUGUCAAAACUGGAGGACAAGUCCAAAAAAGUUUACCAUGUUGACAUGGGUAUGCAGUGCCUUGCGUUAAACAGAAAACAUUUCUGGGAGCUCUUACUUCGUUGGACAAAAAAACCUUUCCCAAAAAACACCAGUGCCAUAUGAGGGUUGUUUUCUUUCUCUGUUAGCUUUGAAGUCUUGGAUGAACAGGCUGAGUUAACAGAACUGAAAUAAUGUAUUCUUUCAGGUCAUGCCUUGUAGUCUGUAACUGAGUUAAAUUUAUAUAUGUCUUUUUAUUGAAAUGUAUCUUACUGUGUCUUGAAAACAUUGUUAUUAUUAUUACUUUUAAAAACGUUUAACUUAUAGCCAUGUCUUUGUUAUCGAGGCUGGUAAUCAAAACUUUAAUAAACACUUUUUCGUUUGUUUA